AUGUUAUCGGAAGUCGGGGGAAAGAAAGCCCGGAAAGAGCAGUUGAUCAACAGUCACCCUCUGCAUCAACUAAUCAUACACUAUCCCUCCCAGGCGAGAGCUGUUUUUGACAAGUGCACCUAUGUGGAUCCAGAUAACAUGGUCUCCGAGGAAAAGGAGGACUAUUGGGUUCAGUUUGACUACAGUGUUAUUGACGAUGCUACGGACGGUACCCUCCACCCUUUUAACACUAUGUUACAACACGACAGAAUAGACUUGUUGGAUCACCCUCUUAUCAGCUCUGUUAUCACUUACAAAUGGAAUGCACAAGGCAAAGUCUGGUGUUAUCUCAACGUGUUCCUCAAUGUCAUCUUCGUCAUAUUCAUCUCAACGUACGCUCUGAUGGAAAUACCACCUGAUUCUGAAUCAACUAAUAAUCGAGAGAAGGGAAUUCUACUAGUCUUGUCGCUGUGCUCUAUAUGA